AUGGGCCGACCAAGCGACGCGAAGGGUCUCUUGCCGCCGCUCAAGACGCCAACGCACCAGCCGCUGUCGACGUGGGAGGUCACCUUGCACUUGCUCAAGGGCAACAUUGGCGCGGGCGCGCUCUCGCUCCCGUACGCAUUUGCAAAAGCAGGCGUAUACGUCGCGCCAGUGGUCUACUUGUUUAUCGUGCGCCUGCUCGUACUUGGCCUCGAUGCUGAUGGCGACAAGCUGCAGCCCGAACGCGGCAUGACGUUUGGCGACGUGGGCGGCGAGCUCCUUGGGAAGCACGGGAAGCGCGCCGUCAACGUCUUCCUCGUCGGGACGCAGCUGAGCUUUUGCUGCGUCUUCUUCACCGUCGUCGCGACCAACCUGCAUGCCAUCUUGCCAGCCAAACUCAGCCACGUCUUUCAAGAGCGGCAACUCAUCUUGCUCAUCUUCCCGAUCCUCCUGGGUCUCUCUUGGAUUCGCUCGCUGCACAAGAUCACGCCCUUCUCGGCCCUCGCGACAUUGGCAGUGCUUCUUGGGAUCGCCAUCGUCUUUUACUACUCGUACGUCUACGCCAGCGCCGCGCAUGCGCCGCCGCCGGUUGUGACGACGUUCAGCUGGUCCCGGCUUCCCGCGUUUUACGGCACGGCCGUCUACUCGUUUGAAGGCAUUGGGCUCAUCUUGCCGCUGGAGAAGGACAUGCACGACCGACGGCGCUUCCGCGGCGUGCUGCUGCGCACGAUGGCGUUCAUCCUAAUCCUCUUUCUCUUCCUCGGCGAGGUGCCAGUCCUUGCAUUUGGGUCGAUUGAGAACGGCAGCAUGACCGCCGUGCUGCAGAUGUACUUUCCCGGCUGGUCGGUCACAAUCGCGAACUUGCUCCUCGCAAUCGCGUGCUUGUUUCUCUUGGAGAAGCUCCUCGCGCGCAAAGGCUACCUCACGCCCAGCAUCCAGUCGUACAGCGACGUCGUGCCGCCCCGGAGCCUUGUGUGUCCCACGCGCUGCGCGCCGGUCGAGCCGCCCGUGCCACAAUGGCUCGAGAACGUGCUGGCAACGUCGCAGUACGAAGUGCGGCGAACGCUCUUUCGGUCGAUGCUGGUCACGUGCUUGAUGCUGGUCGCGAUCUGCGUCCCGAAUGUCGGCCUUCUCAUUAGCCUCUUUGGCUCGGUGGGCUCGAGCAUGCUGGCCGUGAUCUUGCCGCCCGUGUUCUACCUCGCCCUCGAACGCGACCGCGUCUGCCUUGCGUCGUGGGCGCUGCACCUUGGCAUCGUCGCCGUCGGCUGCGUCGGCAUGGUUGCCGGGACCAUUCAAGCGCUCGACGAUAUCAUUGCUACCUUCCAAUAAGCAGAGACAAAGUUAUGAUGUACCUUGGUGACAGAG